AUGACAGGACGAGAGACAGAGCAUGACACCAUGAAGGACAAUCCGGAGACAAAUGACAAGACGUCAAGACUUGCCAUGGAGGUAAAAGGCUUCAUUAUCUUUAUGGUAAACUUGGUCGUUUCAUCAGUACUCGCCAACCCUAUGCCAAACACUCGUAGCUCGAUUAUUGACCCGACCAAACUCUGGACAUCCCCAGUUUCCUAUGUGUUGGACAAAAGUCUUGAUAUGAAUGCUAAAGGAGUAAUCUUGCGAGCAUUAGACCAGUUCAGAUUGAAGUCAUGCAUCGACUUUAAAGUAUGGGAGUCUGAGAAGUUCUACCUAAACCUCCAAAAGUUCAGCGGGUGUUGGUCUUAUGUUGGCCAGACAUUUGCCAAUGGACAGGACCUCUCAAUUGGAGCAGGCUGUGAUAUAAUUGGAAUCGCUGAACAUGAGAUCCUUCAUGCUCUUGGCUUCUACCAUGAACAGUCAAGAUAUGACAGAGAUGAUUAUGUGCAGAUUGUUUUGAACAACAUCAUAAAAGGUUACGAGUCUAAUUUUGACAAGAUUAGCAGUGCAAUCAGCAGCACUCAUGGAACCCCAUAUGACUACUUGUCUGUGAUGCACUACGAUAAAAAUGCAUUCACCAAUGGCAAUGGCUCUACAAUUAUAACCAUUGAUCCUAAAUACCAAGACGUGAUUGGUCAAAGACUGGAUAUGAGUCCUCUUGAUGUUGAAGAGUUAAACCUUCUCUACAACUGCAACUCAAGCAUUGCCUUUAUGUUAUACUGUGGUUUUUCUAAUGGGACUACGUGCAGCAUGGACCAGUGUUCACAGAAUGGCAAGGGCUGGGAAGUGGUAACACAAGUUAGUGGAGGUCCAAGCUCUGACCAUACUAGUCUACCCAGUGGAAGUGGAAAUAUCAAUCAGGAGUUGGGAUACUUCAUCCAUGCCAGCACAGCAUUAGGUCAAGAAGGAGAUUCAUCCCAGUUGAACACGCAGAGGAUGAGUCCCAAAAGAGGAUGCAAUGUUCAAUGUCUGCAGUUCUACUACUUCCACAGUGGGAAUGAGUCUGACCAACUUAACAUUUGGAUCAGAGAGUUUCAAAAUGACCAGGACACCACAGGAAUGCUCCGCCUUGUGGGCCAGAUCACUGGAUCUCCAACAUCUCACUGGAAGCUCCACUAUGUUUCUCUGAAUGCCACAAAACAGUUCCAGGUGAUGUUUGAGGUUCGGAAAGGAGCAGGGAGGUCUACGGGUGGUUUCUCAGUUGAUGACAUCAAUCUGUCGGAAACAGAGUGUCCACAUGUAUUUAUACAGAUUGAUGACUUUGAGAACCUUUUAAGCACUAGCCCCUUUGGCACUGCACUAUUCAGUCCACGGCAGUAUUCCAAAGAAGGCUAUGCUUAUAGGGCAGCUGCUGUACUUUACAACACAUUUGUUGGAUUGUAUGUGCAACUCUUGUCUGGUGACUAUGAUGGCCAGCUGCAGUGGCCCUGCGUACAAAAGCAAAUUAAUUUCCAGCUGCUUGAUCAAAACCCCACCAUUCAACAACAAAUGUCAAAGCAACUGAGUUUCGUCAGUGAUGAAACCCAAGUGAUAUCUAGUGGUACCCUUGUGUGGUCCAAUCCACGUGUAACUGGACAAGGAGUUUUUUAUGAGAAUGCCGAGUUAGUUUAUGGUGGACCUUUGUUUGGGUACUCGUAUUUUGCAUUCCUGAAUGACUUGCAGUCCAGAGAAUCCCUCAAGGGAGGCAGUGCUGUUUUCACGUUCAACUUUGAAGAUUUCACUCCACUAGUUAAUGGUAGUGCUCUACCUUGUCGUCAAGCGAGACCAGUAAACAUUAAAAAUCCUCCAUCAGUUGGCUCAUGCACACCAAGGAGCACGACCACCGUCAGUCCACCUCCCAAAACAACGAAUAACAGCAUCUCAGCUGCCACCAGUCCACAUCCUAUAACAACAAACAACAGCAUCUCAACUGCCACCAGUCCAUCUCCUACAACAACAAACAACAGCAUCUCAACCUCCACCAGUCCAACUCCUAAAACAACAAACAGCAUCUCAACCGCCACCAGUCCACCUCCUACAACAACAAACAACAGCAUCACAAUCAUCAUCAGACCACCUCCUCCAACAACAAACAACAGCAUCUCAAUCUCCACCAGUCCAUAUCCUAAAACAACAAACAACAGCAUCACAAUCAUCACCAGACCACCUCCUCCAACAACAAACAACAGCAUCUCAAACACCACCAGUCUACGUCCUCCAACAUCAACCAACAGGAUCUUAAUCAUCAACAGCACACCUCUUACAACAACAGACAACAGGACCUCUUCCAACACCAGUCCACCUCCUACAACAGACAACAGGCUCUCAACUACCACCAGUCCACCUCCUCCAACAACAAAAGAUGACAGAAGUAUUUUUGGGUUCGCUCCUGCUGUGGUGUCCUCUCCCUUCCUCAUUCUCCUGCUGACGUUGCUGUUUUUGGUUCAGUAA